GCUUCACGCAUGCGCACUGGAGCCCAGCACCGCCAUGCCGGAUCCGCGCGGAUCGUCGCCUCUGCGGGUGAACGCGGCCUUCGCCGCCCGCUACGGCCGCUACCGGGAGCGCGAGGAGCUGCAGCGCCUGAAGGAUCGCUACGGGGACCGGGACAGCGGCGGCUCCAGCUCCGACUCCGACUCCGGCGACGAACGCGUGGCAUUUGACCCCCAGCAGGAGCGAGACUUUUACAGGACACUCUCCUUGUUGAAGAAGAAGGACCCCUGCAUUUAUCAGAAAGAUGUCACCUUCUAUCAGAAAACAGCAUCAUCAUCUUCAUCCUCGGAGAGUGAGGAGGAUUCUCUGGCAUCUGAGAAGCAGAAGAAAGCGAAGCCCAUGUACUUGAAAGACUAUGAGAGGAAGGUCAUCUUGGAGAAAGAAGGCAAAUACGAAGAUGAGGACAACUCUGACGGGGAGCCCUCCUAUCAGAGACUCAAGCAACACUUGUCACAGAGUUAUGUGGAAGAACAGAAGCAACUCAAGGAAAGCUUCCGAGCAUUCGUGGAGGACAGCGAGGACGAGGACAGUGCUGGGGAAGGUGGCUCUGGAUUACUGAAAAAACACACUAAAAGCCAGGAGGAAAAGGCUCAAGAAGAGGCAGACUAUGUUGAGUGGCUGAAGGGACAGAAGGAGAUUCAGACCGAGUCCAUGAAGGAACUGGAACACCUCAGAGAAUACUGGAACAACCCAGGGCUGGAUGAGGGAGAGCAGUUCCUUCGGGAUUACAUCCUCAAUAAGCGCUAUGAGGAGGAAGGAGAGGACGACGAGGAGGAGGAAGAGGAGGAAGAGGAAGGGCCCCCCGGCCCCCUAGUCCAGCUGGCCGUGGAGGACUCUUCGGAUGAGGGUGAGCUCUUCCUGAAGAAGCAGGAAGAUUUUGAGCAUAAGUACAACUUCCGCUUUGAGGAGCCAGACUCAGCCUCGGUCAAGACAUUCCCACGAAACAUCACCUCCUCUGUGCGCCGCAAAGACGAACGCAGAAAGGAGAAGAGAGAGGAGACGAGGGAGCGGAAGAAGAGGGAGAAAGCCAGAAAGCAGGAGGAGCUGAAGCAGCUGAAGAACCUGAAGAGGAAGGAGAUUCUAGCCAAACUGGAGAAACUGAGGCAGGUGACAGGCAACGAAACACUGGGUCUGGAAGAGCAUGACCUGGAGGAGGACUUCGACCCCAGCCGGCACGACCAGCUCAUGCAGAAAUGCUUCGGAGACGAGUUCUACGGCACCGCUGAGGAAGAGAAGCCACAAUUUGAGGAAGAGGAUGGGUUUGAAGAUGACUGGAACUGGGACAUGUGGGAUGGGGCCUGGAGCCAGGAGGAACCCCACUGUGAGGACCCUGACUUCAACAUGGACGCCGACUAUGACCCCCACCAGCCCUGCAAAAAGAAGCGGGAGGCCCCCACCACAGGCAAGAAGAAGCGCAAGUCGCCCUUCGCAGCAGCCGUGGGGCAGGACAAGCCCGUGUUUGACCCUGGGGACACGACCUUCGAGCAGUACCUGGACGAGUACUACCGCCUAGACUACGAGGACAUCAUCGAUGACCUGCCCUGCCGCUUCAAGUACCGCGCCGUGGUCCCCUGCGACUUUGGGCUCAGCACCGAGGAGAUCCUGGCGGCGGACGACAAGGAGCUGAACCGCUGGUGCUCACUCAAGAAGACCUGCAUGUACAGGUCAGAACAUGAGGAGCUCCAGGACAAGCGAGCAUAUAGCCAGAAAGCCCAGAACUCCUGGAAGAAGAGGCAGAUCUUCAAAUCACUCUGCCGGGAGGAGACAGAGACACCCACGGAAGGCACAGGAAAGCCACAGCUGGCCACAGCUGGCCCACAGGCACAGCUGCCAGUUCCUGAUGGCACCAGGGGGAAGCGGCCCCGGCCCGAGAGCCCCCUGGCUCAGGAAGAGGAAGCCCUGGGGCCACCCAGCACAAAGCCCACACCCCAAAAGCAGCGGAGGGGCAAGAAGGCACGCCUGCUGGGUCCCACGGUGACCCUCGGUGGCCGUGAGUUCAGCCGCCAAAGACUGCAGGCCUUCGGCCUCAACGCAAAACGCCUGCACUUCCGGCAGCUGGGGCGACGAGGGAAGAAACCGAAAGGACCCAAGGGACACCCCUAA